CCGGCCUCAGUCACCCUCCGGCGGCGGCUGCGACGGGCCGCUCGACGCGGAGCCCGGGCCUGAGCGGGGUGGCCGAGGGAGCAGCGAUAAAGGUGCUUCUAAGGAUCCCACAAUGAGAAAUCAGCCAAUUCCCGCCUGCGAGGGGAAUGUUUUACACACGGACCUACGGCACGCCUGUGCCGGCUGUGACUCCUCAGUCGGAUCCAGGCACAGUGCGAAGGCAAAGCCUGACCUCCCCAAAAGAAGAGAGCUGCCCAGUGACCCCCUGGCUCUGCACCAAGCUGCUCGCCUGCAAGGACAGCCCGGCCCCAGGCUCUGCCCCGGCAAGUUAGACCCCAAGGAGGAAUGCUGUCCAGAGAGACUGGUGCUUACCCAGCCGACGUUUGUUUUUGAAAAGAAGGACCGUUCUCUGAAGCGGCCUGCAGAAGACCCAGUUUGCAAAGCUGAAAAUGAUUUCAUGAGUUGUUCCAGAAAACGUGCAAGAUCAUCAUCUUUUACUCACCAGAAGUCUGACUCUCAGUUUAACACAGAUACAACUCUAACUCAGAAAAGAGGGAGAUCGUCUUCCUUCACCGUACUUCCUACCUUCCCUCCCUCCCAGCUAGUAAAGAAGAAUAACAUAUUCAUGACCUCAGCUCUUCUUCAAAGAAACCCUGAUCUGAUCAGCAGUACAAAACAAGGAUUCUUGUCACGAAGUCAAUUGCGGAAUGUCAUUAGACCUGCCAUUUUACAACCCCCACAAGCCCUGACCUGUCCUGAAAAUCCUGUAGUAUCUCUCGUGACUGAGAAAGAAGCACAUGUUCAGCUAUCUGAAGACAGCUCCUACUCUUAUGCUGAGAAUUCAGUAAGUUCCAAAACAGCAGCAGGAUCAUCUACUACUGUGAAUCUUUCCAGCUCUAAAACACCACCAAGUCAGUUGUUUGAAGACAGAAGUGUACAAAACAUCAGCAAGUCUGAUUUUGUGUUUGGAGAAAACAUGGUGGAGAGAGUUUUGAGUCCUGAGAGGCAUCCCAAGAUAUGUAACAAAGCCAGUACAUACAAAGGAGAAAUAACAUCCAUGUACAUAGAAUCUUGUCAUGUCAGUCCACCAACAAAAACACCUCUGUUGAAGAAUGCAACACUAAUUGAAUCAGCAGCUGCUUGUGUUUCCAAGCCAGUGGAGAAAAUUCUGUUCGAUAAAGUUGAAGUUAUAACUGGAGAAGAAGCAGAACACAAUGUAUUACAGAUCAACUGCAAGCUCUUUGUAUUUAAUAAGCUUUCUUUAACUUGGAUUGAAAGAGGCAGAGGCUCCCUGAGGCUUAAUGACACUUCUAGCAGUAAACACGGAAUGCUGCAGUCAAGGCUAAUUAUGCGAAAUCAAGGCAGUUUGAGACUGAUUCUCAACACCCGACUCUGGGAACAAAUGGUUAUAAAAAGAGCAAACAGAAAGAGCCUGUGCUUUACUGCAACAGCCCAAGAGGACCAGUCUGUUCAAGUAUUUCUAAUUCAGGCAAGCUCAAAAGAUGCUGGAUACCUCUAUGCAGCAAUUCAUCACCGCCUUGUGGCACUGCGAAGCUUUGCUGAGCAAGAGCCAGAUGCUUAUCAUAUAGACACAGAGUCAGAAAUUGCCUUUCAGCCAUUAAACAGUGAUGAUGAAGAUGAUGAAAAAAUAACUCAAGUGAGCAGCAGUGGAUCUGGAAAUGGGAAAAUUGUUAGCGCUGAGAAGUCACUGGAUUGCUCCCAGGAAAUCAAACAUUACCUCUGUAAUUCCUAAAUAGUGUAUGUUGACUUUACAAAGAGUUUCUGGUAACUUGAAACCUGAGUAGAGCUUGAUACCUUUCCAGAAUUACUGAUGAUAAAAACUUUUUGUUCUUUUAGAGAGAGGGAAAAAAAAGAGGGAAAAGGGGGAAAGGUGAUGUCAAAGCAGUGUAGGAGCACAUAUUUACAAGUUAAAUAUUUAUUUUGAUUUGCAAAGACUCUGAUACAAAUAUUCAGAUGGCAGCGAGCAAACAGAUUCUGAGAUAAGAGUGUCAGGUGCUGUUUGUUCUUGACCUUUUAGUUUAAGCAUCUGUCCUUCAUUUAUGUCCAUUACUGACAGCAGUUCUAACAAUCUCUUUCAAGUGUGUUUUCGAUGACUUCCAACAUUUCCUGCUUAUCUUAAUCUUGUUGGUUAUUCUCAGAGCCAGAAGGUUGUAAUUUUGCAUACAUUUCAGUUACUCGUAUCCAAGUCUCACCUUACCCACAGACAUUAACAUCUUACACAUGCUUGUCCCUGCAACUCCCAUUUCCAAACAGGAAGGAAAAUAAACCCCAUAGGUUUUGAACAGGGUGAGGUCAACUUUAAAUACGAGCACAGAAACAUCCACUUGGAUGCAAGAGGUCAGAUACUGUUUCAUUUUCAUGCUUCCAUUUUCAUUGAAGGAUGUGUGUGAAUAAGUCAUCUUCUUUUUAUCAAUGUAACUCAUUUUCAGAGAUUACCUCUCCUUAACACUACAUAAAUGCUAAGAAGUGUAAAUUCUCAGUGACUUACACUUGUUUCAUUACAAGAAAUACAAGAUAGUAUGUCUGCAUUUUAUUUCAUUCCAUUCUACCUGUUUUGUCUCAGAAAAAAAAAAAAAAAACCACACCAAAAAAACCCAGCUCUUUUUUUAAUAUGAGCAAUUUCCUUCAUGUUAAACUGAACUAACACAGUCCCUAAGUUAUACUGUGCAUUUCAUAACAGUGUAAAAGACAUGAAAAAUUAGAUAAGAAUUAUCUUUAGUGCUAAGGGCUGAAGAAAAAAGCAAAUAUAUUUGUAAGUGAAGCCUUACAAACAUUAAAGUGAUUCUACAUGUUUGCAAGACAUUUCUGUAAGAUUUUUUACACAGAAUUCUUCACUAAAGCAUCCACAGGAUGUUAAUCCUGUAUAAGGACAGUGUACAAGGUAGUAGGGAUUCUUCCGCCAUUUUACAAACUCAGUAUAGGCAUUUAUUCCCUUAAAUUUUUAAUUGAAUUGCUUUACUUUCAAGUAGAUUAUUAAUUUCACGAAGUCCACAGAGAGUAAGUUGCUGUACAUGGUAUUUUUAUCAGAUCGUAUUUCACCAGUUACAGCUAUUUUCACCCACAAAUGGCUCUGUAAAUCUGAGUGGAGAGAAAUAAAACAAUUCAUCUUCAAACAUUUUGAGAGUGGAUGGGAUCCAUAACUUUCUGUGAAGUUGUCCUGGGUUCAGCUGUAACAGUUAUUUUUCUCCUUCUUAGUAGGAGGAUGUAUUUAUCUUUUCCCACUGACUACAAAGUGAGCUAAGGAGAUUAAUCCAGACUUGACAGCAAACUUCUAGGCUGACCAAAGUCAACCAAAUCUCUUCUUUGUUUUUUCAUUGCUGAUUCAUUUCUCUGCUAAGUAUUGUAACUAUGUUUGCCUCCAGUUUUCUUCGUAGUAUCUAGCUGAAGACAGAUCAGCAGAAUUCUUUAUUACACAUACCAAAAUUUUUCUCACUAAAUAAUUUAACAAAAAAACCCAAUGAAAAAUGCUGAUAUGACAGCAUGUGAAUGAUGGGACUGAGAGUGCUCCCUUCUGAGGGGAAUGCCACUGGCCUCAGCUGCGUGACUCUCCCCUUUCAUUUUUCUUUCCUUGGACUUGCAAACUUUACAUUCUUUGCUGUGUGGUAGAUCUGUUUCAACAAACAGAACAGAGAAUUACCCUUAGCCAGGUUUAUAAAAUAGCCUAGUGAAGAAGCAUGGUCUUCUGGUAGGCAAUGAGCUGUACCUGACCCCUGUGGAUGAAGAGAAUGUAGCACCCUAUGGGUCUGCGUCUCGGCAUGUUCUGCAAUGUCUAACAUACCAAACUACUGCCACUACCUCCUCUUGCUUUGCUCAUAGAUCUGAACCAUUGAUUUGGGGCUUUCCUAUAUGUUGGCAGGCCUGUGUCAGGUAUCUGUGCAGACAGAAGUUCUGACUCCUAUUUUUUAAGCACCUUGACUACAGGCAGUUACAAAUUCAGCACGUGGGAGUACUGAGUUGCACUGCUAAUAUGCAUAAAUUCCACAUAUAGUUAUUGGAUAUGCAGUUCUCUAACACAGACACUGUGUAGGAUGCCCAUCUCUUUCCACUGGCAGCGCAAAUUAAGUACCUAUGUCAGCCUCAAAAAAUCAUCCUGAUAGAACAUGGAUCUAGAGCCCUAACACCUAAGCUUGUCAUUGGUAGCAGCUGAUCAGAAGUCACUACUUAGACCCAUCAUUCUAGAUGGAACCACAGGCAGUCAGUAGCCUGCUCAUGACACCUACCAGAAUUUACAACAGCACAGCUGAGAACUCAUCUUCCCAAAAUGUCUAAACUGACUCAUUAGUCCCUGGAGAGACAAAAUCAGAUGCAUUUUGCCUAUGACUUUUAAUCAAAGAGUAAUUUUAGGGACAGCUGAAGUUUAAUACAUUGAGAAGGAACUUGAGAUGCGCUUUUGGGGAUUCUAGUCAGCUGGCUUUGCACUGAGAUGGGAAUGACACAAUGGCUUCCAAUAUUGAAGAAGUGUUACAAAGGCUUCAGAUUUUAGAAUUAAAUAUAUUUAGAUGCAUUAUUAAACUAAGGAAUUUUAUAGAGAAUAAAAGAUGAAUUCAUCAUAUUGAUGGAUAAACCCACAUAAUGAUAAACUAAUAAUACAUGUGAAGAGCUUUUCAUCUUUAUUUAAGAGAUAGAGUUGAAGAGCUUUAAACUGGGCUUCUCUGCAGACGUUUAUUUAAAACUGAGUGGUAAUGUUCAGCAUCCUGCCUGUAGUACAUCAAGCAGUACUGUCAGUGGCAGUUUAGCAUGGCCAAGACUUAUAGAAACCAGCUUUCAUAAAACUAGGGAUUUUUUUCUUUUUGUUUUGAAAAUAUCUGGAGUUGUAUACUGGUUGUAGGAUUUUCUUGUAGGGCAAAGAACCACGGUCUGCCUUUACAGCAGUAAGCACCACAGGAAUUCACCACGAACUGCAAACCAGGUCUAGGGGGCGUAUAAGCUUUAAAAACUGAAAGUGUAUCUGCUUGUGCUCAUGAACACCUUUUCAGUUGCACUGAAAAGCAAUUGCACUGUUAAUUGUCCAUUUGAUACACACAAAUAAAUGCAUACACAGUAUAGUUGGAUAUCUGCAUAAAAAUUUCUCUUAAAUGUGUGAGACUACCUGAGAUUACUUCUGCCUUAGCUGUAGCUACCCCUAAACAGUGUCAUUCCUUGAAAUACAUGAAUGUUACAAAUCCUGAUGUGUGCACUAAUCCCAACAGUGCCGAAGACCUGCUCACUCUGUAAAAGGGAUUGCACAAACUACUGCCUAACCAUUCUCAUGAGGAAUUAGGAAAAUUAAUUCUCUCUAGUGCCACCCAUAAAUUAAGACUUUCCGGAUCAUUCAUAAGCCUGUGCACAGUACAGAUGCACACACCAUUUAUGCUAUGUUGUCUAUUCAUUCUGUCAAAAGAAAGUAUGUCUUCAAUAAUUCUGCUACCAUUCUGUGUGUUAUCUUGUGUGUUGUUGGUUACUGACUAUUAUUUGUCAUCCUUAGAGCUCAAGCAAUGUUCUGAAAUAUCUGAAGGCCUAUUAAUUAAGGUAAUAGUAACAAUUUCUCAAUCUUAAAAGCUGCAUGACUCCCGAAGAGUCAAAUUACAAUGUCAUUCUCCCAUAUGAAGUUGGGAGACUACCAGCUUCUUCACAAAUUCUCAAUGCCCUGUCGAGAUUAGCGUCCAGAUGAAGCUGAACUAACAUCUAGAUUAUAGUGAAUCCUAAACAGCCUGCUGAAACUAGCACUUGUCUGACACUGAUUUAGCAUCUGAAUGACGGUAAGGUGAAGUGGGACUGGAAUUUUGCCUUUAGGAAAAGAGGAGUGCUUCACAACAGAGCACCUGUGUCAGACAGCAAAGCACUGGGAUUCCCUUUGACUCUUCAGUUUGCCGAUAACAAAAAUGUUCUUUCCAUAACUAGCUGUACAGUGUGUCCUUUUCCAUCAGCCUCACUCCUGACCACAACAGUAUCUGCAUCACUGAUCUUCAUAUUUCAUUGCUGCAACUCAGGAACAAAGCUCCACGUUAUAAAAAUUUCAGCAGUUGUAAAAACACAGCAGCCAUAUGUAUUUAGCAACAGGUCAUGGUGAUAACUUUGCCCCAGAGUUCAGCUGGCUGUGCACUGAAUGCAGACUUUGAUUUCAAAGUCUGUCCUGAUAAUCAAAGCCUUCCGUGAAACAGGAUUUAAGCACCUGAGUGUCAUGAUACCUCUCUAAAUUCUACUACAGCUGUAAAAUCUUUGGCAAGCGGAGUGUUCCAGGGCAGGCACAACAGAACUUUUGCAGACACAGGACUUAAACUUUGUCACUUGCUCUCACAGCAUAAGGAACAAGGCUUAUGAUUGUUCACAAAUAAACUGUUUUGAUCUGCCUCUUCCCAAUAUUGUUACAUGUAUACACAAGUAUACAAACACACACACUCAUGUGGACACACACAUUCUCUAACAUGAAGCUAUGUCUCCUAAAAUCUGAGGUGAAAAAGAGAUAUUUAACUAUUUGGAAGAGUUUGGAUACUGUGGUAAUAGAAGACAUAUAAACAACACAUGUGUUUCUGCUAUGAAUUUUUACUCGAGAUCCUAAUUAUUUAUUCUGUUCAGUCUCAUUGCACUAAAAUUCACUGCUUCUCAAGGCAGAAUGUAUGCUAAUAUAUAAUAUAUUAACUCAGUUUUGAAAAUGUCAUUUUAGGACAGCUGGAGCAACAAUUUCUAUGCCUGAACAAUAAAGAAUUUUCUUAAGCUAGUUAUGUUAUUUUGUGUCCCUGUUAGAGCUUUCUACAGAGAGUUCCUUCCAUACUGCAGAAUUUCAAGCCUGCUUUCCUAAGGAAAUGAGAUUUAAACCAUUGUGUACCUCGUCCACCAGUGUGUCAGACCCACUUCCAGCCCACUGUUCAGUUUCAGAAAAAUUGGACGGGACGUAGCAAGCUCAGAGACAACUUAAGUUCUUCAGGGACAAUGGCAGUUACCGAGUGACAGAACCCAGAGGAAGCUAUCCUUUGAGGAAGAAGCUUCAGGAAUUUUUGAAGCAAAUGACCCAGCUAUAUAAUCACUGAUGAGGGACAUAAGUUGCAAGCAAAAUGCAAGCACACAUGGACAGAAUCUGGGAUCAGAAAUUCAGUCAGAGUACACCUGCUAAUGUGUUAAUCCACCUACCUUGUAAGAGUCUGACGUGUUGCACGAGUGAUGUGUUCUCUAAGCAUUAGUCUGGAGUUCUCUUAUGGAUAA